AUGAACGACAUUGUUACCCCCUACUUCUUUCUGCCUAUUGGUUUUUGUGCCUAUACUUUCAGGUACCUAAACAUAUUUACAAAUGAACAUGAGAAGGCAAAUAGAAAUGCACAAAAGUAUGUAGAGAAUCCAAUCAAUGCUUUCACUUUAAUAAAAAGACUAUCAACUGACUUCGAGGUGUUGAAAACCGUAGCUUCGGAUAUCACGGAGUUCGUUUGGGAUCGUGAGUUGUUAUAUCCAACCGAAGAAGACUUAAUCGGAGCAGCCGUGGCUAUUGGUCGACUACAAUACUAUUACAAGCUGAACACUACAGAGCUCGCUGAAGGAAAUCUGAAAGGCGUUUUUGGUUCUCCAAUGUCAGGGAGUGACUGUUAUAGUUUGGCUCUGAUGUUGUACAAACAAGAAGGUCCAUACAACUACAGUUCGUACGCAGCAAAAUGGUUUGAAGCCGCGCGCGAAAGACUCGACGAGACUCCCUUCAGUGCUCCAAACAUGAUUACGUACAUGGAUAAUAUAGAAGAUUUAAAUAAUACAGAGAAUCACUACUAUGAGCUAUGUCGCGGUGAAAUAAAUAUCUCUUCAGUAAAUACAAGCAAAUUGCAGUGCGUUUAUUUAAAAAGAAGCCCAUUUUUGAUGCUUGCGCCGAUAAAAAUGGAGAUGCUAUUAAUGAAUCCAGUCGUGGUCCUUUUCCACGACGUUCUUGCAAACAGUGAAAUUGAGAUUAUGAAAAUGAUUGCCGGUACAAAGUUGGAUCGCGCUUUUGUCAUUAGUGACGGGGAAAAAAAAGCUUCAGGCUACCGUACUGCCCAAUGUGCGUGGUUAGAUGAGUACAAUGAUACUAUAGAAAAAGUUAAACAGCGGGCGGCUGAUUUCACAGGUUUGAGUUCGGAGCAUGCUGAACCUUUGGAGGUACUCAACUAUGGUAUAGGAGGGCACUAUGACCUACAUUAUGAUGAUCCUCCACUUAAUUAUGGAUUAGGAAUCCGAAUAGCUACAGUCUUAUUUUAUAUGUCAGACGUGAGCCAAGGCGGAGCAACAGUGUUUCCUAAGUUCAAAUUAGCAGUUAGGCCGAAAAAGGGGGCCGCUCUAUAUUGGAUGAACCUGCAUCCAACCGGAGAAGUAGACGUAAGAACUUUACACGCAUCUUGUCCUGUACUCCACGGAAGUAAGUGGGUGGCUAACAUGCGGAUCCAUGGGGCUGGUCAGGAGUUGUUGUGGCCUUGCCCUCUUGCAGUCGACUAA